AUGGCUGACAAGCAUAGUUUAAAUUAUGAUGUAAGGGAGUUGAAGCUGGGCUCAAGUUUCACUAAUAAUAAGACAUCACAAUAUCACACCAUCAAAUAUGACUUCAAGCCAGCAUCAGUUGAUGUUAACAAAAUGGCCACAGUGGAUGUUGGCACGAAUAAUCAAGUUACAGUGACCGUACCGCAUUUGGACGGCGCUGGGGUCCCACAAACAGUAUUCAAAGGUAGUCAGAGGCCGUACACGAAGGAAUGUGUUUUGAUCAUAGACAGAGACACUGGAGAGAUCACUCUCGAGAAACUCUCCAGCAACAUACAAGUCAAGAAGACCAGACAGGAGAACAGCCAAAAGCCGCGGCCAUUGACCCCCGUGACAGCUGAUUUCACGAAUACUACCCAGAGGUCGACUUCACGCACUCGCGUCACGACUAAUCGACGUGCGAACAAUGCAGGUGGUGGUCCCGCCCAAGUGACCAACCAGAAUCGCUUCAACAACACACAGAAGCCUCAAAACAUGGUCCGGUCCCCACCACGAGUUAAGACUUCACCUCCUCAAGCACCAUGGUCCGCGGGUGGCAAUAGUACCCUGGCAUCGCUCCCUAUGAUAGGGUUUGACGACGCGCAGGCCCCACAGACUCACGUACAGCACGCUGCGCCCCACAUGCCUCAAGCGUCACACGCGCCGCACUCUGCCCCGCCGCCACACGUGAACCACGCGGCCCCACAGACACAGCCACCCAGCCAGCCUCAACCGCCGCCCCCACAGAGACACAUGCAACCUGUAUCGGCCCAGGAGGACAGUUCGUCGUCUUCGUCUAGUGACAGCGACAGUGGGAGCGGUAGUGACAGUGAUAGUGAUAAUGAUUCUAGCGCGAACCACUCACUACCCAACGGUGGCAACACAAGUGCUGCCUUACCUACAGACGUCCUCAACGACGACCUGUGCCUCUCAGAGUCGGGCAGCGACUUCGACUGA